GUAUAAAAGAACAAUUAACAUAGAUAGAUUGCAUGAAAGAGAGAGCAUUAAAUUGAAUUGAUCGAUUAUUUCAUUCAUUCCAAUAUGGGCGAUCAUUUGGCGAGGGCCGAGGAUUUUGAGAACAAGGCUGAGAAGAAACUCAGCAGUUGGGGCUUGUUUGGCUCCAAAUUCGAGGACGCUGCUGAUCUCUUCGACAAAUCCGCCAAUUCCUAUAAGCUCGCUAAAUCAUGGGACAAAGCAGGAUCCACCUACAUCAAAUUAGCGAGUUGUCAUUUGAAGUUGGAAAGCAAGCAUGAAGCUGCACAAGCUUAUGUUGACGCUGCGCGUUGCUAUAAAAAAACUAAUAUAAAUGAGUCUGUAUCUUGCUUAGACAAUGCUGUAAAUAUUUUCUGUGAGAUUGGAAGACUCUCUAUGGCUGCUAGAUAUUUGAAGGAAAUUGCUGAGUUGUACGAGUCUGAACAGAAUAUCUCGCAGGCCGUUGCUUACUAUGAAAAAUCAGCGGAUUUUUUUGAAAAUGAAGAAGUGAACACUUCAGCAAACCAGUGCAAGCAAAAAGUUGCUCAAUUCUCUGCCCAGCUUGAACAAUAUCAGAGAUCAAUUGAGAUUUAUGAAGAUAUUGCUCGCCAGUCUCUCAGCAAUACUUUGCUGAAGUAUGGAGUUAAAGGGCAUCUUCUUAAUGCUGGCAUUUGCGAACUUUGUAAAGGGGAUGUUAUUGCUAUUACCAAUGCAUUGGAGCGAUAUCAGGACUUGGAUCCAACAUUUUCUGGAACACGUGAAUAUAGACUUCUGGCAGAUAUUGCUGCUGCAAUUGAUGAGGAAGAUGUUGGAAAGUUUACUGAAGUUAUCAAGGAAUUUGAUAGUUUGACUCCUUUGGAUUCUUGGAAGACAACACUUCUUUUGAGGGUGAAAGAUAAACUGAAAGCCAAAGAAAUCGAGGAGGAUGAUCUUACUUGAAUUGCACCAUGGUCUUCUUUCGGUUGGAUUUCAUGUUUGAUGAUUUGUCUUCUUGUAUUAUACUUGUUUAUCCAAUUGUUCAUCUUACUGCUAAUAUAACUGAAGUGAUUGACAUAAAUUCUUGAAAUGAAUGUUGAGGUAGUUAGAGUA